AUGGAAACAGUCACGAAUUUCCCCUGCCACAACCACACUGGCGGAAAUGAUAUUAUCCUCUGCUAUCAAUGCGACGCCAGAGUAUCCACGAAGAAUGCCAUGAGCACUGCUAUGCAGCUUAUCCACCAUCGUUCCGCCUGCUCUUGCGUUUCCCAACUUUCCGAUGUCCAAUUUAGUUCUGAAUUUAACCCCAACGUAGAACUUUCUCCUGCAGAGAAGGCACAUGUCUCGCACUCACUUUCCGACCUUCAGCACCUCCUCGACAGACACAACUUCGAGCUCGCACGUCUCCGUGACGUUAUUACCUUCUUAUCCACUUCGCAGGAAGCUCUCGCUCGUAGGAUGGAGGACGUCAAAUCCCUAGUUGCACCCAUCAAUGCACUCCCUGACGAGAUUCUUGCGGAGAUUCUUCGCAUGCAUUUCGUAGCGCAGAUGGAGGUGAUCCGGUAUAGGUCGUACGGUAGAAUCCGUAUACCACUUGGAUUCACCCGAGUAUGUAGGAGGUGGCGAGUUGUGGCAUUAGGGAGUCCACGUAUCUGGGCAGACGUUACGGCCUUUGGGGAUAUGCAUGUCCCUGCCAACAGAGGAACGGACGAGCCCAUAUUUGUUCGCGACCUUAUGAAGAUGUUCCUUUUACGCUCUCAGCACGCGUCGCUGAAGGUCAAACUCGGGCUAGCGACCUCUCAUGUUAGGACAAAAUCAUCGAGUCGCAUCGUCGCUCCACUUCUACUCUCACAAUCCACCCGCUGGGGUGAGGCUGACGUUGAUGUAGAUCUGGAAGGGGACGAUAUGAUUCCCAAUGUUUUGCAAAACGAUGGUGAUGUAGACUUCAUCAUGCCCGGGCUCCAUGGAUCAUUCCCUCUUUUGAAGCAUCUCGCAUUAGGCGGAAAGUUUGCCUCGACUUCACAGCGGUGGCGAUGGGGAGAAGACCCGGGCGCGAUUCUUAGACCCCCUCCGGCUGUUUGUCUUCAAAAUGCUUCCUCCCUAACCCACCUCACGCUCAAUCUUCGCGCCUCUCUAUCUCCUACCGAGAUGGCGAGGGCGAUAAAUAUACCAUGGCACCAGAUACGAACUUUAAGAUGCAAUUACUCUUUCGGAAAUCUGGAGAGCCUACUGCGGCUUUGCACCGACAUACAGGAGGUUGAAGUAAAUGCAGUCUUCCGCGCGAGUUUCUUUACCAGCAAUAAUCAGCUUCACCAUUCGAGUUCUGAUUCCCAGGAUGAUCCCUACGUCUGUGAAUCACUCAAGCGGAUGUCACUGAAUGUGGCAUUACCUUCUUGCACCGGUGUCAAGGGACUACUGCACCAUUUGCGAGCGCCACGAUUGACAUCUCUUGACUUGACAUUCAUACCAUCAUCGUCUGAUUCAUUCCCCCCGUCUGCCAUAGGGUCUUCUCCAACAUCGAUUUCUACGUUCUUAUCAGACGACCUUGUAUCAUUCUUUUCUCGUUCUCGUGGUCAUGGCCAACUAACCCACCUUGCGCUACGCAAUGUUCCGAAAUUCGAUUCUUGUGCAGAAACUCUUAUAACACUUUUCCGGAAUACUCCCGAACUCCAGGAACUUCGACUGGAAUUCCAGAAGACAUCCGAUAACCCACUGGAUGAGUCCGACUUGAUAGACUAUGGAGACCAGGGCUCAUGCAGUCUAGUGAAUCUUUUCAACGAGUUGAGAAGCACCCCUCUCCUCCCUACUUUGACGUAUAUGAAGAUUGAACAUCUUUCGGAGGCAGAAUUCUCGAGCGGACUGUAUAGCGGUCGAAAUUUGGAAACGGAGGCGUUGUUCGAUAUGCUUGAAAUGCGGCGAGAGGGUUUAGCAAUUGGAUCAAGCUCAUCCUCUACUGUUGCACGGUUAAAAGAGAUGCACCUUGGCGAAGAGCUCGUUAGCCUUGUAUUGUAG